GACUUGCGCGCGAACGCGUCACGACUCCCUGGAUUCGAUACUGGUCCAAGACUCCACGCGCAAAUCGAUCUCUUCUAUCACCCAUGGCCUCAACCUCAUCCAGCAUUGUUUUUGACGACAUGUUUACGACUGAUGCCAUCGACAAGGAUGGCAAAAAAUUUGAUCGAGUAUCUCGGUUAUACGCUCAUUCAAAAAACUAUGACAUGGACUUGACGCUUGACUAUAACAUCGAGCUCUUCCCUUUAGUGAAUGGUGGCAGUUUUGCGAUGGCCCUUGCUUCGUCGCUAUCACGAGAUGGUGGUGCACCCACAGCAGAUGGCGAAGAUGGCGAAGACAAAGAUAGAGACGCAUGGAGACCAGAUGGUAAAGGAAGGAGAGGUUUGGAAGAAGAUUAUGACUAUGUUAUGUAUGGGAAGGUGUAUAAGUUUGAUACCGGAUCUUCCGACAUUGUAUAAGUUACUUGCAUGUUUUCUGUUGACUGCCUCUUGCUCAUAUUAUUCACUCCGUAGCACGGCCUACGCGUCAUUCGGUGGACUUUUGCUAUCAAUCACAGGCUCAUAUCGUCAUUUGACCAAUGUCGUUCUUGGCGAUCCUGUAUACGUACUGCUCAGAAAAUGAUUGUUGCGGAUGUUUUCAAAGCACUUUUCUUCUGAAGCUUU